AUGGCUGCCCCCGAGCCCGAGAACACACCAGCUACCGCUAUCGAGGUAGCUGACAAAGACGAUGAUAUGAUCCUCAGCGACGAAGCUGUCAACCCUUUGACCCAACUGGCAACGAGGGUCUCUAAGCUGCAGCAGACUAUCGUGGAACUGCAGCAGGAUGUCAUUCAACUACACGAGACUCUCAUUCAACAUCAGGAGGCUGUCAUUGAAAAGCAGAAGACUAUCAACGAACAACAGGAGAUUAUAGAGGAAAAGCAGAAGACCAUCAAUGAACAGCAGAAGACCAUGCAGCAACUUGUGGAGCAACACCAGCAAGGCCUUGCUGGUCACAAUCAAGGUGCCUCCCAGAUUGCCGAAGACAAGAACGAAACCGAGAAUUAA